UUAGCCCCGACUCCUAGUACGCCUCCCCUUAACGCUAACCCUACUACGCUACAAAACAACCAUGGCUAGGGCAGGAGCGUUCGUUGCAUUCGCGUGCGUAGGCGCAAGCCAAGCAUUCGUGGUCCCGACGGCAACCGUCUCGGGCGCGUCAACCCGACACACGUCGUCGUCAUUGACGAUGGCAGCGGAGAACGCGUACCACAAGAAGGACUUCUGGAUCGCCCCGUCGAUCCUCUCGGCGGACAUGGCAAAGCUGGGCCAGGAGGUGGACAACGCGAUGUCGGCGGGCGCGGACAUCGUUCACUUCGACGUGAUGGACAACCACUACGUGCCUAACCUCACGAUCGGGCCCCUCGUGUGCAAGGGGCUGAGGGACCACGGCGUCACCAACCCUAUCGACGUGCACCUCAUGGUGUCGCCCGUCGACCGCAUCGUCGGCGACUUCGCUGAGGCCGGCGCGUCGUUCAUCACGUUCCACCCCGAGGCGUCGCCCCACGUGGACCGUACCCUGGGGCUCAUCAAGUCAUACGGCUGCAAGGCUGGACUUGUGUUCAACCCUGCGACUCCUCUUGACCACGCCAAGUACGUACUGGACAAGGUCGACAUCAUCCUACUCAUGUCUGUCAACCCUGGCUUUGGUGGGCAGAGCUUCAUCCCCAGCACCCUCGACAAGCUGAGGGAGGCACGCAAGAUGAUCGACGAGUCCGGCUACGACAUCCGCCUUGAGGUGGACGGUGGUUGCGGUGUAGCCAACAUCAAGGAGAUCGCGGAGGCGGGCGCGGACAUGUUCGUCGCGGGGUCGGCUAUCUUCAACAACCCCAGGACGGAGGAAAACUACAAGGAGACUAUCGACAAGAUGCGCUCCGAGCUCGCCGACGCGACCAUCGCGUAGAGGGCAACAUUAAGCCGCGACUGAAUGACGGCUGUGCUCCCAAAAGAAUUCGGGAAGAAGAUGGCGGCGCGACAUGCAGCAGAAAACAUCCGGGGGGGGGGCGGUCAACUCCUUGGUAGAGAGAGCACCGCCGUAGAUUGCGCAAUAUUGAUUUGUAUCGAUAGAGUUGCUGGGUUUCGGCGAAGAAUUUUUGUUUAUUCGUUGGGAGGGGGUCGGCAUCCAAAGGGUAUCCGUUUUGAUAAGAGCGGGCCUGUCUCUGUCUCGCACGAGUUUUAAGAGGAUACACAUAACGUUGCAGGCAGACUGCCUGCUCGAGACAAUCCGUAAGGGGAUACGUUUGAGGUCUGGGGGGAUUUGUUGUCACACUCUUGGAGACGAAAUUGCGACGAGUUUUCAAAAUGUAUACAUACCAUCACAAACGGGCGAGUGUCCGCAAGGGGUUGUUGUUGAAGUAUCUGGGUUUUUUGCCCUUUUCCUCCAGUGAUGCCAGCCGGAAACUAGAAGAGGUUUUAGUGAAAAUAGACGUCGCAUCACAGAAGGGCGCGGCGGAACCAGUAACGGGGAAGUCUCGCGACUUUCUUUGCACCCUCAAGACUCGACGAUGCCAGCCGGAAUAAAGCGCGGAGUACAUGCAACCCUUCGAGGAGAGAUGGUUUGCGAAAGUAUGCCUGGUCAACCGCACAACUUCCGGGAGAAGUGUGGUACAACGUUAACGUUUCUAUCCUCUGGUGCGGUCUUCGUCUACGGUAUUUAGUUUCUAUUUUUGUCUACAAGAUGCGUAUGCGUGCGUGCCAGUUUCUCAUCGCGUCCUCUCUCUUUACUAAUAAAACUCUUACAUAGUUGUUGAAAGGUUUUCGUUGGGACCGGCCGCCACAUACGCGUCUGGUGGUCGCCCCUAGUGUCCCACACUCGUCGUGGAUAUGGUUGCGUAGAUGACAGAACGCAGUAUGGAUCGUGCAACCUGUUCCAUGAGAAAGCAAACGAGCUUCCUGC